AUGCCAAAGUCACUCGUCGUUGUUGAAUCGCCGGCGAAAGCAAAGACUAUCAAAAAGAUUUUAGGUGCGGAUUACAUUGUUGAAUCCUCCGUUGGUCAUAUCCGCGAUCUCCCACCGAAGGAGCUCGGUGUCGAUAUUGAGAAUGCCUUUGCCCCCAAAUAUGUUUUGAUUCGGGGAAAAGGGAAGGUCGUGAAAUCCCUCCAAAGCGAAGCGCGUAAGGUCGAUAAUAUCUAUCUUGCAGCAGAUCCAGAUCGCGAAGGUGAAGCUAUCUGUUGGCAUCUUUUUGAGGAACUCAAAAAGACCAAGAAGCCUAUCUACCGGAUAACCUACAACGAAGUCACCAAAAACGCAAUUUUAGAAGCAAUCCAAAAACCGGGCGAUAUUGAUAUGGCGCUCGUUGAUGCACAACAGGCGCGCCGCGUUUUGGAUAGGCUCGUUGGAUACCAGAUUAGCCCCAUUUUGUGGCGUAGUGUCAAACCCGGUCUCAGUGCUGGGAGAGUUCAGUCCGUCGCAGUACGACUUAUUUGUGAGCGUGAAGCAGAAAUUGAGGCGUUUAAAUCAGAAGAAUACUGGACGCUCACAGCAACAUUGACACCGACCGAGGUUCAGCAUCUCUUUCCCGCAAAGUUACAUAGAAUUGGGAAAAAGAAGGGCGAAAACGAAGCGCGUGCCAAAGAACUCGCUGCAGACGCAAAGACACAAGCAUAUCUCGUUGAAAAAGUCCAAAAGCGCGAACGGAAACAGAAGCCUGUACCUCCGUUUAUCACGAGCACCUUACAACAGGAAGCGUCUCGAAAACUCCGUUUUGUUGCCAAAAGGACGAUGUUUAUUGCCCAACAACUCUAUGAGGGACUGGAGAUUGGCAGCGAGGGUUCAAUCGGGCUCAUUACCUACAUGCGUACCGAUUCAACGCGUGUUGCCCAAGAGGCACUCCAAGCAGCGCGGGCGUACAUCAAAACAACAUUUGGUGAAGAGUAUUUACCCAAUCGGGCUGUUAAUUAUCAGACCAAAAAAGGCGCGCAAGACGCACACGAAGCGAUCCGUCCCACCCUGCCGUUGCAAAGUCCCGCAGACUUGAAGCCAUAUUUGAGUAAUGAUCAGUUUCGACUUUAUGAACUCAUUUGGAUGCGGUUUAUAGCGAGCCAGAUGAACCCAGCUAUUUUUGAUGGCACAACAAUUGACAUCCAAGCAGGCACUUAUCUCUUCCGCUCCACCGGCUCAGUUAUGAAAUUUCAAGGAUUCAGGCGCGUCUAUAUGGAAGACGGAGAAGAUGUCAACUUACCCGACGUUAAAGAAGGAGACACACUUAAUCUACGCAAAUUAGAACCGAAACAGCAUUUCACACAACCACCGCCUCGUUAUAACGAAGCCACGCUUGUCAAAAUGCUGGAAGCGAAAGAAAUUGGACGUCCGAGUACCUAUGCCUCUAUUCUGUCGACAAUUCAGGACAGAGGGUAUGUAACUAAAGAGCGGGGCAGGCUUUUGCCUACAGAUGUUGGAAGGCUCGUUAACGAACUCCUGAAACACGGAUUUCCCAACAUCGUUGACGUUGAAUUCACAGCAAAAAUGGAGGAUCAGCUUGAUGUCAUCGCUGAUGGCAAAGUUAAGUGGGUAGAGACGUUAGGACAGUUUUAUCCCGCAUUCCAAACUGCGCUCAAGGAAGCCCCGGAUAGGAUGUAUGAAGCCCGAAAGGCGAUGGAAGAGCAAUCGGACGAAAAGUGUGAAAAGUGUGGGACCAAUAUGAUCAUCAAGUGGGGGAGAUAUGGGCGUUUUCUGGGUUGUGCCAAUUAUCCAGAAUGUCAGAAUAUCAAGCGUUUAACAUCCGCAGAUGACGCUCCCACUGCGGAACCGGAGCCGACCGAUACUGCAUGUGACAAGUGUGGUGAACCGAUGGUUAUCAGGGUAAGCCGCGCCGGUGCAAAAUUUUUGUCGUGCAGUGGAUACCCAAAAUGCAAAAAUGCAAAGCCGAUUCCAAUGGGAAUUGAUUGUCCAGAGCCUGAUUGUGAUGGCUACCUUGGUGAACGGCGUAGCCGACGUGGAAAGGUCUUUUAUGGUUGCAGCAACUAUCCGAAGUGUGAAUUCUCGACGUGGGAUAAACCUGUGCCAGAACCUUGUCCAAAAUGCAACGCGCCGUUUCUCGUUGAAAAGACGGAAAAGGCGAAAGGUAGUGAAGUCGUAACCACGCGUCUUGCAUGCCGCACAUCAGAAUGUGACUAUACAAAAUAG